UCCCUCCCUACUCUUUCCCUACUCUUUGGUUGCGUUGCGUUACCUCUGAACGGAAAAGAUGUCUGGCUGCUACAACUCCAAGUCAAGGAUUAAUAGUACUGAUUUCUUCUCUACGCUUCCGUAUGAUAUAGUUUUGGACAUCCUAACAAGGCUCUCCACAGAAACCCUCUCUCAAUGCAAGUUUGUCUGCAGAUCAUGGCUUGAGAUCAUCCAAUCCCCUGAAUUCGUAGAAUAUUUGAAUGCUCGCACCGAUUCUGCCCGCCCGGAAAAACUGGCUAAACAGUCGAAGUCUCGUCGGGAGGAAUUGAUGGCUGAAUCAUCGGCUCUCCGGCAAAAAUCGGCUCAAGAAUUUCAGGCUCUCCGGGACAAAAUCGCACAAGACUAUCAGGCUCGUCGCCAACAAAUCGCACAAGACUAUCAGGCUCGUCGCCAACAAAUCGCACAAGACUAUCAGGCUCGUCGCCAAAAAAUCGCACAAGACUAUCAGGCUCGUCGCCAAAAAAUCGCACAAGACUAUCAGGCGCGCAGUGAAAACAUCGGUCAAAGUCUUCGGGAAGAAUUGGUGGCUGAAGCUCGCGAUGAAAAAUUGGCUCAGGCUCGCCCGGGAAAAAAAUUGGUCCUUGAGUUGAGUUGCCACGAAACUUCUUCUGAGACGGAUCAAAGACAGCUCCAAAUAAAACUGGAUGGACAUGUUCAUUCCUUUCCCACUGCUAUUUUGUCUUCCUUUUCAUUUACAAUUGAUCUUUGACUAUUAGUUCUCCUAUCUCCUAGCAGCCAAGACUUACAAGCCUUCUCUUUAUUUGAUUAUGAUUGCUUAGAAUAAGCCUUGAACUCAUGGGCUUCAUUUGAUAAGCCCUUUUUUCACCAAUUUUCUCAUGACACGAUUAUGAGAAAUUUUAUACAGAGUACAAAAACAUUACACUUACAUCA